UGUAUACUGAUUGAAUGCCACCCCUAUCUGAACCAGGAGAAGUUGAUCAACUACUGUCACUCUAAGGGCAUCUCUGUGACAGCCUACAGCCCCCUGGGUUCCCCAGACAGACCAUGGGUCAAACCAGAGGACCCUUCCCUACUGGAGGAUCCCAACAUCAAGGCCAUCGCUGAGAAGCACAAGAAGACCUCUGCCCAGGUCCUGAUCCGCUUCCAUAUCCAACGGAACACGAUUGUGAUUCCCAAGUCUAUCACCCCCACACGUAUCCAGGAGAAUUUCCAGGUGUUUGACUUUGUGUUGAGCGACGAGGAAAUGAAGACCAUUCUGGGCUUCAACAGGAACUGGAGAGUCUGCCCAAUGAGAGGGAGCAUGAAGCACAAGGACUACCCCUUCAAUGCUGAAUUUUAAGGAAACGGUGUUUCCAUCUCUGGUGUUGUGACUCGCUUGAGAUGUCUGCCCUCUUUCUGUUCUCGUUUAGAUUCAUUCUUAUUUCUCCCUUUAAGACAAUGUGCAGAAAUAGCCAUCCUUGAGCUAGUUUCUUGCGAAUACCCAUACAUACUGUGAUUUAGUAUCUGUGUGUUGCAGUAUUGUAUUUCUCACGAGAUAUACACUCUGACCUAUAUAAUUGCCUUCUUUCAUAGCACAAUGGUCAUUAUUUUUCAACAAUCAUGGAAACAUAAUUUGACAUAGGAUCGAUAUUAGUGAGGUAUAAAAAAAGCUUUUUGUUUCUGGUUUGAUACUGUAGCAAAUCCAAGGCGCUAGGCUUCCUAACGCGCACAAUAUGGUGUUUGUGGCUUCUCACAUGACCCAGUUUGUUUGUUUCUCUUUGGUCACUCGCAAGCUUUUUCAUCAAUUAGCAUCCACAUAUAAUCUUAUGACUUUAAAGAAUUGAUGUCAACCAUAGGAAUGCAUAGUUCAACCAUAGGAGCUGGGUAUGUCAUACCUGGUCUUACUGAAAUAAGUUACAGAAAUAUCACAUGGACAUUGUGUGUGUGAUGUACAGUAUUACAUAUCAACUGUGAGCUGUUUCUUCUGUUUUUGUUUCAGAGAUUAAAAAAUGUAGAAUAUAAAUAGUAUUCGAUAUAGCUGAUCCUAAUAGUACAUUGUACAUUGACCUAUGUUCAUGAAGAUAUGUUGUUGAACACUCCUUCCCUCCAAUGCCUAGUCAUAGGAGCCUAGAAUGAGUCAUCCACACUCUUUGCCUUACAGGACGAUAAAGCACUUCUACUCAU